AUGGAGCAACCGCUCUAUAAUGAGUAUGCUGCACAGCUGGCAUAUACUGAGGACAGGCAGCUGACUGCGCAGUAUGAGACGGAGGUGCAUUUCCAGAAAUGCUACGGGGUCAUGGAUGAGCUCUAUGAAGCUCACGACUAUCUCAGGAGCCUGGUGCCGGGCUUCAAGUUUUUGGACCUGGGCUGUGCGCCAGGCGGCUUUAGCUCCUAUCUCUUGGAAGAUCCCAGGUGUGCCAUGGGCUUCGGGGUUACUUUGCCCUCCACGCUGGGAGGCUUUCCAAUGCGCUUGCGCUCUUCCAACUUCCUUUUGCAGCAGGGAGACCUCUUUGAGCUGGGCCCAGGCGAUCUCAUUUGCAAGGAGGUGCAUAUUUGUAUUUGCGAUGCUCAGUACAUGCGAAACGAGGUGGCCUGGGAUGAGAAGUACACCGGGGUCCGGUGCCGUUCGAAGCAACAUGGCGUUUGGGCCUUGCUGAUGAAGCAGUUCUGGUUGGGCCUCACGAGGCUCUUGCCCGGCGGCCUGCUGAUCUUCCGCUUCGGAUGGCGUGAUGGGCCACCCGAAGAUCUGGCGACAGUGUGGUACAAGAAGUGCACCUUGAGACUUUUCGCCUUGUUAAAGGAUCUCUUCGCGCAAGUCAAGGAGGUGAAGUCCGAUCAUUUCAACUCGCUUCAUAGCUCCUUCUACGUGUGCUGCUUCGGCUUCAACCGGAAGCGCUUCGAGGACCGAGGGGUGGCGAAGCUUUUGGGCCACACCUUCAAUUACUUGGUCACCACACGGAUCAGCGACGCCAACCAGCUGGAGAUCUUACCCCAGGUGGACAGUAUCCGCAGCACGGCGUUGGACGAGCACUUCAGCAAGAUGCUCGAUCGGAUGGAAAAGCUUCGGGUGGUGCACGAGCAAAGUCAGAGCCCGAUUGCUGGGACGGAGCAUGACAACUUGGCAGAAAUCCGAGAGUUGCGGAAAGAGCUCAAGACUCGUCGGGCUGAAGCGGCCACCAGGUGA